AUGUGUACUACCACAGACUGUGUUCGAGUUGCUAGUAGAAUACAUGACGCUAUAGACUAUAAAGUUAAACCUUGUGAUAAUUUCUAUGAAUUUGCUUGUGGAACGUGGAAGAAGAAGAAUGUUAUACCUGAAGAUAAGUCCGCAUACAGCAGCUUUGAUUUAGUAGCUGACGAUGUUAAUGUUAUUCUGAAAAAUGCAUUAGAAGACAAAGAAACAGAAGCAGAUAUUGAGCCUGCCAAGAAAGCCAAAAGAUUAUACAGAUCUUGUUUGGAUACAGAAAAGAUAGAGUCACUUGGUACCAAACCCUUAGAUGAUUUCAUACCAAAAAUUGGUGGAUGGCCAGUUCUGAUGUCCAGUUGGUCAGAUGCUGGGUUUGACCUGAAAGAUUUGUUAGUGACCUUAGCAAAAUACAAUAACUGGCCUCUGAUAUCAUUGUCAGUUUAUACCGACAUGAAGAAUGUUGAUAAAAAUAUUUUAUAUUUAGAUCAGCCGUCGCUGGGCAUGCCUGGACAGAAAUAUUACUUUAAAGAAAGAAAUGAUACAAUGAUCAUGGCGUAUGAAAAUCUGGCUGUGCAAGUUGCAACUAUGUUAGGUGCAGAUAAAACGGUAGCUGAACAAGAUAUGAAAGACAUGGUGGAUUUUGAAAUACUGAUAGCCAACAUAAGUGUACCAUCAGAGGAAAGGAGAGAUAGUGAAAAAUUAUAUAAUAAAAUGACCAUAGCUCAACUUGCUCAAAAUUAUUCAGAGUUUGAUUGGUUAGGAUAUAUCAAUUCUAUAAUGUCAUCACCUAAAAUACAAAUAGAUAUCACAGAAGACGAAGAGAUCAUUAAUUAUUCACCGCCAUAUUUUGACAAACUGUUUUCAUUGCUUAAUAAUACUCCAAAAAGAACCCUCGCUAACUAUUGUACUUGGAGAAUAGUAAGACAUAGAAUUAGUUCACUUGGCAAAGCAUUCCGUGAUCUUAAUUUGGAAUAUUCUAAGGUAUUGUAUGGAACUUCAACAGAAUCUGCCAGGUGGAAGAAAUGUGUUGGAAAAGCCAAUAGUAUUUUAGGCAAAGUUGUUGGAAAAAUCUUUGUUGGAGAAGCUUUUGAUGAAGCAGCCAAAGCUGAUAUGUUGAAAUUAAUUGGAAAUUUGAAGGUAGCGUUUGAAGGACAACUGUUUUCAAACGAUUGGAUGGAUGAGUCAACAAGAAAAGCUGCCAAGGAAAAGUAUACCAUCACUGAAGAUGAAUAUUUUUCGAAUAUUAUUAAUUUCAUACAAGAGUCAGUAGCUGAGGAUCUCAGAGAACUCCGGAAACCAAUUGAUAAAACAAAGUGGAGCAUGGUGCCUUCGGCGGUAAAUGCUUAUUAUUCCUCAACAAGAAACGAAAUAGUCUUCCCAGCGGGGAUUCUACAGCCACCAUUCUAUCACAAAAAUUACCUGAAAGCUUUAAAUUAUGGAGGAAUUGGUAUGGUUAUAGGACAUGAAAUAACUCAUGGUUUUGAUGAUCAAGGUAGACAAUAUGAUAAAACUGGUUCGUUAAGACAAUGGUGGUCUGAUGAUGUUGUAGAAGUAUUUAAAACUAGAGCUCAGUGUGUGAUAGAACAGUACGGUAAUUUUACUGUUAAAGAAGCUGAUUUACAGAUCAAUGGUAUAAAUACACAAGGUGAAAAUAUAGCUGAUAAUGGGGCUAUAACACAGAGUUUCAAGGCAUACAGGCACUGGGUAUCUCAAGAAAGAAAUGAAGAACCAAAAUUACCUGGUUUAGAUUUCUCACCGAAUCAACUUUUCUUUAUAAAUUUUGCACAGGUAUGGUGUAACAGCAUGAGGAAACAAAGUGCUAUUAGCAGAGUGUUAACAGGUGUUCAUAGUCCUGGCAAAUUCAGGGUAAUUGGAACUCUUCAAAAUUCACCAGAUUUCGCCAAGACAUUUGGUUGUCCUGUAUCAAGUUAUAUGAACCCAGAGAAGAAGUGUAAAGUUUGGUAG